AUGUUAUACAGAAAAAGAUUAGAGGAAAAAUUACAACAACAACGUUUCGAAACUCUGGAAAACCAUUAUUAUUAUAUCAAGGAAUGCAUACACAAAGCAGCUUCUGGGGUCCUGGGUACAAUCGACAAUAAUGAAAGGAAAAGGAAACGUUACUGGUGGGACACGGAUAUACAGGAUAUUAUAGAGGAUAAAAGACGCAAAUAUACAAAAUACUUGAGCACCAAGAAGAUCGAAGACAAACUAAUAUAUAAAAAAGCCCAAGCUAAAGUACGAAGAGGAAUAUGCCAGAAGAAAAAUCUGAUAUGGGAAAAGGAGUGUAAUCAACUAAACACAUAUAUAGGAGGUAGAAGAAGCAAAGAAAGUUGGAAAUUUAUAAAAAAUGUCAGAAAGAGAAAAGGCAAAGAAAUCAUCUCCCCGAUUACACCACAAAAAUGGGAAGAAUACAUGGAAAAUCUUAUGACGGAAAAUAGAGUCGAAUUUAUGGACUGCUCUGACGUGACGACAAAUAUAAGAACAAUGGGAUCCCCGAUUAGAAUAUCAAUGGACGAAGUAAUUAAGGACUGCAUAAACGGAACGGAUGUACCACAAGAAUGGAAUGAGACUUACCUCUCAACUAUAUACAAAAAGGGAGAUCGUACUAAGUGCGAAAACUACAGGGGAAUAUCAGUAACAGCCACCGUGAGUAGAAUAUAUGGAAAAAUUUUGAGAAAUAGGAUCGAAAACGAAUACCAAGAAAUAGAAGCCGAAGAACAAGCAGGAUUUAGAGCCGGAAGAUCGACGGUGGACCACUUAUUUACAGUCACUCAUAAGGCAUACAACAGCGUUCCCCUUGUGAGACUUUGGGAAGCUAUGGAAAAAACCAAUAUAAAUGUAGAGCUCAUAAAAGCAGUAAAAUCAUUAUAUAAACAAACAAAAACUAGAAUAAAAGUCGGCAAAAAGUUAACAACAGGAUUUAAUGGAACCAAAGGUCUGAAACAAGGGUGCUGUAUUUCACCAACACUGUUCAAGAUAUAUCUCGAACAAGUCCUCAAAGGUUGGAAGCAAAAAUGUAGAAUUGUGGGAGUACCGAUAGGGGAUAACAUGCUCUACACACUUUGCUUCGCGGACGAUCAGGUGAUCAUAGCACAAGAUUACGAUGACAUAAAUUAUAUGACACGGAGACAUAAUUUGUAA